AGCCUGCUCAAGUCCUGGGCCAUCCCUUUCCUGUUGGUGGACGUGAGAGAUGCUUUCCAUCACAACGUCGCUGCCCUCCGUGCCGCCGUGGAGAGUGGAUUUGCCAAGAAGACUUUCAUCUCCUAUUCUGUCACCUUUGGGGACAGCUUCCGACAAGGCAAAGUUGUUGGCAUAGACCCUGGGAGGCAACAAGUCUUGCUCAGUGACGGUGAGGAGCUUCACUACUCCCAUCUCAUUCUUGCAACAGGCAGCGAUGGGCCAUUCCCUGGGAAGUUCAACAAAGUCAUUGACAUGGAAAGUGCCAUCCAGACCUAUGAAGACAUGGUUAAGGAGAUUGAGAAAUCUGAGCGCAUCCUGGUAGUGGGAGGUGGUGCUGCUGGAGUGGAGAUGGCUGCAGAGAUCAAAACAGAGUAUCCAGCCAAAGAGGUCACCCUCAUUCACUCAAAAAUUGCACUAGCGGAUGUGGAGCUGCUAGAUAGUGUCCGUCAGGAGGUGAAAGAGAUUCUCCUCAGAAAAGGAGUGCGCCUCCUAUUAAGUGAAAGGGUCAGCAAUGCAGAAAACCUCACGCUAAACCGGUUCCAGAAGGACACUGUAGUAAGGACAGAAAAGGGCACCGAGGUGGUUGCUGACAUGGUGGUCCUGUGCACGGGGAUAAAGAUUAACUCUUCAGCAUAUGCGGCUGCAUUUGGGGACAAAAUGGCAAGUAACGGUGCUUUGAAAGUUAACAAGCACCUCCAGCUGGAAGGCUACGAGAACAUCUAUGCCAUUGGGGACUGUGCAGAUCUGAAAGAACCGAAGAUGGCCUACCACGCUGGGCUCCACGCCAACGUUGUGGUGACAAAUAUCAUCAACAGCCUGACACAUAAGCCUCUUAAAACCUAUGAGCCAGGUAAGGUNNNAUUCCUGCUUUCAAUGGGCAGGAAUGAUGGUGUAGGCCAGGUGAACGGUUACUAUGUGGGACGUCUCUUGGUAACCAUUGCUAAGAGCCAGGACCUGUUUGUCUCCAAGAGCUGGAAGACGAUGGGCCAGACAAUGCCCUCUUAA